AUGACUGCUAUAGUAAAGUUAUUCCGCAAGGAAAUGGCCGCUACGUUGAUGCUGAUGCUGCUUGUCACCACUGCAGCUGCAUCUGUAUUACCAAGCGAACCGGUGGCGACCGCAGAACAAGGGCCUGCCGGAGAGCAGAAAAAACUUGGAGGGCAUAUGUCAUCUAAGGAUCUGUACCUCUCGAUGGAGAUGGCCGAACAGGAAAAGCUUGAAGACCUCGGUCUCAACGCCGACGAUGAGGAGGAUAGCGAAAAAGAUAGCGGUGAAUCGCUGCUGUCCAUGACGGGCGGUGGCGACGACGACAAUGACAUCGACCAGGAGAAUCUAACUGAGUUGCUGACUUGCAUGUCAUGUUCGGGCGAGUUGCCUGCUCAGUGGGACGAGCAAAACUCUAACUUCAACGAGCAGUCUUACUGUUUGUCCGAUGGAGGCCAGCCACUGACACAAGACAACGGUAACUUGGAUAAAAUGGACGAAGAAAUAAACUUGUGUUCAGGGGCGGUGCGCUGCUGGAAAGCAAAAGUACGUGAAAACGGUGGCGUCGUGCGCAUCAGUCGUGGCUGUAUGGGUGGUGGACAUGGUAGCGGCCACCGACAUUCAACCCGAACCAAAGCAGAACUGCAUCCUUGCAUGGGUGCUAUUAGUAAUGAUUCGACAACAAAAAACAAUGAUAGCUCAAAGCAACCUCGGUCCAUGGUUUGGACGUCAUCGCAUACUUAUUCAUCCGCAUCCGCCGGCCAGCCACAACCACCUAGCUAUACAAUCGAAUGUUGUAACGGCCGUGAUCGCUGCAACGACGGUCCGUUUCCAUUGCUAUCGGGCGGUAGCUUUUCAGCUAUAGACGACAAAGGUUCUCUGCUCGCGGCUGUGGCUUGGUGGCGAUGGUCAUCCAUCUCCGUGGCGGCGUUACUGAUCGUCGUCAUUAUUGUGGCCAUAUACACUUUGAGGAAGAGGAAACGGCGAAAGAGAAGUAGUAGAAGGGGCAAACGGCGAAAUCGGAGUACUCGCCACGACGACGAUGGUAACAGUGAUGACAGUGAUAAAAAGAGACCCCGGCAUUUGUCGCUUUCGUCAAUGUCGUCGUCAUUGUCAUCAGUGGUGUCAUCAUCAUCUUGUUGCGAAGGGAAAAAGAGAGGUAGAAGGAAACAACACACCGUGACCGCUUUAACCAUGGUCGACUUGCUCAAGGGCGUCGUGGUAACCAACGAGAACACAGCUGGUGAUGAAAAUACAUACGGCAGUAGCAGCAACCGACCGUCCUACACAACAGAGUACUCACCGGCUGCCAUGACCGAGCUGACGGUCAAUGAUGAUGUUUUGCCACCACCAUACCAACGACGGAACGACAACCUUCCAAAAGAUUUCCAAGAAGAUACCAGUGGCAGCGGGUAUGGUAUGCCCGUGCUAGUUCAACGUACUAUGGCCAAGCAGAUACAACUUGGGCAACUCGUCGGCAAGGGCCGUUAUGGUGAGGUUUGGCGAGCCACUUACUGGAAUGGUGGUCACGAGCACGUGGCCGUAAAAAUAUUCUUAUCGAAAGACGAACCAUCAUGGAAGCGAGAAACAGAAAUCUACAGCACAGUCCUGAUGAGGCACGACAAUAUAUUAGGGUUUAUUGGUUCCGACAUCAUGACUUCAAGCAACUCAUACACACAGUUACUACUCAUUACCCACUAUCAUGAACAUGGAUCAUUAUACGAUUUUCUGCAGACCCCUGCUGCCGUAGCCGCUGGUGCUACAUGCAAUGGUUAUGACAUCGAACGCGACAGACCGCCGCUCACGGUGGACCAAAUGUUAAACGUGCUGUACACUGUGGCCUGCGGGUUGAAUCACCUGCACAAUCAAAUCCACGCCACGCAGGGUAAACCAGGAAUCGCGCACCGGGACAUAAAGAGUAAAAACGUGCUGGUAAAAUGCGCAAAGACUGGUGCUUGUUGUGUAGCUGAUUUUGGAAUGGCCGUCACUAGCCAGGAUGCGACUCUCCCAAUUCAAUUAACGGCAGCCGCGGGUGCUAACCAAAAUACGAGAGUGGGCACAAAGCGGUACAUGGCGCCUGAGGUUUUGGAUGACAGUAUAUCUACUUCGAUUGCAUUGGCAUUGGCUUCUGCGUCCACUACGGCGACGGUGGCAUCUUUGACCUCCUCCACUGCUGAAUCUAUAGCCGCCGCUGAUUCUUCUUCACCUGCUUUUCUGUGCUUUAGGGCAUAUUGCAGAUGUGACAUGUACUCAUACGGACUUGUCAUGUGGGAAGUCCUGUCUAGGACGCUCAUCGCAUCUGACGUUGGACACUUUACGCAACAACCAAAUGACAAUCAACAACAACCUUUUACAGAUAACAGAUACAACCCAUACGUGUACCGAGCACCGUACCAAGACCGUGGCGUUGGCUGGGACCCUGGAUUUGAAGACAUGCGCCGUGUCGUAUGCUCUGCUGAUCCUGAACAGAAUCGUCCUGGCAUAGCGGCUGAGUGGUGUGUCGACCCGAUAAUAAAGACUGUAGUGCUGACGAUGAAAGAAUGCUGGUCAAGCCGUGUUAACACCCGCCUGGAAUCGAUGCGUGCUAAAAAGACUCUAGCUAAGCUCAUUGAGCAAUAUUCCGCCACAGAGACUGAACGACGGCGUAAAUCAGAGCUUGACAAUGAAAACUAA